AUUUAUUCCAUCAUUGACUGGGUGAACAUCAGGCGCUUUCAGAUGACCAACUAGAUGUCUCUGUCAUUUUCCGUAAAUUCAGGAUCGAGUUGAAUGAAGUGAAAUCAAUUAAAUUAGAUCUUCAAGAUGGGUGGUUUUUUGAGCUGUUCAGGGAAUGAGCAGUUUAUUUUUAUUCCUUCGGGUGCUUUGCUGUCAGACACAACUGUUAGAGCUACAGUUUACCAAGUUGUUGACUCAGUUGGACUGGACGGCACAGAAUUUGUAACGAGCAUGUUGGAGGUCACUCCACAUGAACUGAAGUUUGCAAAACCUAUUGAAAUUUUGAUGUGUCAUCAUCUGUUUGUUGACGGUGACAGCAGUAGAGUUGAAGUUCUUUACCACAGUGGUGCAUCAACAGACAAAAGCAUGAUGUCUCUUUGUGAGUUGACAUCAGUUAACGAGGCUUGUUUGGCGAAUGGCAUGACAAUGACUCUUUGGGAAGAUUUUGUUCACAUUGAAACUUCACAUAUUUGUACACUUGGAUUUAAAUGUAAAGGCCAGUCUUUUAUUAACAUUUGGGCAUCACUGCAUACACUCAAAAGCCCAAAGCCAAACCAAGUUUGUGUUAGACUGUUUCUUACAAAAAGUCGACCCGAGCCUAACGAUGAAAUUUUCAAGGAUGUGGAAACGACUGGCUGUGAAUUAGAAUGCAGAUAUUGCGCACAGCUGCAAUUAAGUUGUAAAGCAAAAAAAGACAUAAAAGUGACUGUUGAGAUUCCUUCAAGCACAAAAGGAUGGAGACCAAGAACAGAUUCUGAUAUGAGUCAUACCAUUGAAUAUGAAGAUGUUCAAAAUCUGGUCGUCCAGGGUCGGCCAUAUAUUCGCACAGACUUUGCUUUUGAGAAGACAUUAGAGGUUGAUGCGACUGACUUUGAUCCAAUUUUUAAGUUCAAUAAUACUCGAUGUGUUCUCUCUCCAUCUACUUCCCGACCGUCUGACGCUGUCUCAACUGGUAGUGAGGACAAUAACGUUAGAGAAAUGUUCAAGGCAAGUGAUCUGCAGCACCCAACUUCAGUGUAUGCUGGCCGAUCACAGCAGUCCCAUGAAAAUGUCACACAUAGCUCACCACACCAUCAGGGUGUUAAUGGCAAUUCUAAAGUGUCAACUCUUCUGGUUGGAAAUGGAUUUUCCAGCAGCAGUGACGUGUCUCUUAGUAUAUCUAGAGGUGUCACGGAAAGGAAACAACGUCUUGCGAGUUCUGCUGCUGCUGAGGAAGAUGUCCAAGAACUUUCACUAGAUUCAUCUGACUUGAGACGAAGUUACCGACAUGUGGGCUUGGAUAGACUUGUUACAAACAGUGAUAUACAAUUCAUUUCUGAGUAUGAAGACGUGGCCAAGAUGUCACUGCAAGGGUGGCUGAUAUUACAUGGUGACUCUAGCUGUACAUUUAAGGAGUCGAGAGACACCGUUACGAGGGACUCUCUAGAUCAACCAGCUGCAGUUUGUAGAAAACUUGCUCAUCUUAUUAGGGACUGGACACGACGUGAAGGGAAUAAGGCAACUGUUAGAGCAUUGAUAGACAUCUGUUGUCAGCCUAAGAUUGGUGGUAACAGUAAGUAUAUGGAGAAUGCACUCACCUCACCGGCUCAUCUUCACAAAUCUUCCUUUGAACUUGACCUGUUAACUAGACGACAUUACAAAGUGAGCAACAAGGAUCUCGUUAAAGUAGCAAGUGCAGUGAGUGCAUAUUGGGAGGAAUUUGCUGCCAAGCUUAAACCAGACUUGUUUACUAUGGCGGAGAAAACGAAUAUUAGACAGUCGCACAGUGAACCUUUCAGUCAAGCUCAUGCAAUGUUAGAGAAAUGGUCAAACAGUUUGGACCAUGAAGCUACUAAUGGGUCACUGAUAGAGACUUUGUUGAAGACCCACAUGAAAAAACAAGCUAACAAAAUAUUUGCAGAAGAUCUUGUAAAAUAUGUGGAAAGCAGUCGCUCUGAUUAGGCAGCUUGGUUUGGGUGAGUGGCACCUGAUGAUCUGUACACUCGGUUAAAGGCUUGGAGACUGAGCUACGUGAGACAACACCCAAGCAGUUGCUCACGCAGGAUUCAAGUAUUUCUCAAUGUCACACAACAGCUGCA